CAGUAACGCGCGAGUUCGCGUUGGUUGUAUACACGAACGAGUGUCAGUGUGAGUCCCCUCUAAGGGGGAGAAGAGGACGACAUGAAUGACCAUGGACUGGGGUUCCUGGUCGUUGUGAUAGGGGUAGUGGGCAGCAUUAGCGGGCAAUUUAUUGAUAGUUAUCCAGCAGAAAAUCGGACUGGUCUAUACGGAAGACAGGACGAUAGAAGAAGCAGAUUUAACUACAACAACAAUGCAGAGAACUACGAGGAAAACAAUCUGGAUCCAAGAUAUGAUGAGGAAGUAACAGACGAUUACUACGACAGAGGCGAUCAGAACGGCUACGAAGAAGGCAAUGAGAACGUAGAGAACGAACCCAAUCCCAACUACAUUUCGGGAUCAGUAAAUUACCAGGGUGGGGGUUACAAUGACGACGGGACGAGGUCCCAGAAUUCUCAGAACAAUGAUAAUCCCACUACAACCCAGCCGGAUGCAGCCAGGACCGACUCGUACGGAAGGUACCUUCCUCGACAGGAUCGUAGGUACUACACAAGGACCCAAAGCGAAGGUUCCUCUAGAUCCAGUUCCGGUUCGGGAAGCCAAGGAUCAGCAGCAACGGGAUCGGAAUCGAGUUAUGGGGGAGCAGGAGGUGGAUCAGACGCAAGAUCUCAAUCUGGCGGUUAUGGUUCUCAAUCUGGCGGUUAUGGUUCUCAAUCUGGCGGUUAUGGUUCUCAAUCUGGCAGUUAUGGUUCUCAAUCUGGCGGUUAUGGUUCUCAAUCUGGCAGUUAUGGUUCUCAAUCUGGCGGUUCUGGUUCUCAAUCUGGCAGUUAUGGUUCUCAAUCUGGCGGUUCUGGUUCUCAAUCUGGCGGUUACGGUUCACAAUCGCAAUACAACGAUACCAGGUCGUCGUACAACUACAGAUCGGGCGACAGGUACGACAGCAGUCCAUACGCCAGUAGGAGGCCGUACUCCAGCAGCUACGACAUAUUCGAUUCUCCUGCCGCCAGAGCGGGCAAUGACAAAUGCAUUCCGAAAUGCUUCGCGGAGAAAGGUAAUAGAGGUUUUCCCGGAGUGCCCGGCCUUCCCGGCGAAAAGGGCCAACGGGGUUUCCCCGGUGGCGAAGGAGUCGCCGGUGAUAAGGGCGACAAGGGCGAACGGGGACCGACUGGUCCUCGAGGACCGAAGGGAGAACGCGGAGUAACCGGUUUGCCGGGAUUCCCCGGUCUCAAUGGAAUUCCUGGUAUUCAGGGACCUUCGGGGCCACCUGGUGCUCCUGGUAUGGACGGAUGCAAUGGUACUGAUGGUAUGCCUGGUAUUCCUGGUUUCCCGGGUGAAUCUGGACCCCGUGGAUUCCCGGGUCCUUCUGGAAUAAAGGGAGAAAAAGGCGAAGCUGCUCACUGUGAAAUUACACUCAAAGGUCAAAAAGGAGAACCGGGUCGUGAUGGUGUGAGAGGACCCGCCGGUAAUCCAGGACCUGCCGGUGGAAGCGGUUUACCGGGUAUUCCAGGCGAACCUGGUUUAAAUGGUCCGCAAGGGCCGCCCGGGCCGAAAGGUCAGAAAGGUACUCCAGGACUUGGAUUCUUCGGUCCUAAAGGCGACAAAGGAGAUAGCGGACCAAGAGGGCAGAAAGGUGAACCGGCUGAUGGACAUCAAGAAUUAAACUGUACGGGUUCGGUUGGAUCCAAAGGUGAAAAAGGUUUCAAAGGAGAUCACGGAGACUACGGUUUUCCUGGACAAAAGGGAGAACCUGGUCCGGAAGGAGAUUACGGUUUACCCGGAGGUCUUGGAAUGAAAGGAGAAAAAGGUUUACCAGGGUCACCAGGACCUAGAGGCCGAGACGGUUAUGCUGGACCACCCGGACCGCCAGGCCAAAAAGGAGACAGGGGCUUGCCUGGUAUUCCAGGUUUGUCAGGAAGACCAGGUUUGAAAGGAGAGCCCGGUAGAGACGGACCACCCGGUCAUCAAGGUUUAACAGGACCGCCGGGACCGCCCGGUGGCGGAAAAGGUGUCGUAGGGCCACCAGGACCGGUUGGACCUCGAGGUUAUACCGGACCGAUGGGACCAAAAGGAAUGGACGGUUUUCCCGGAGAACCCGGACCCCGAGGACCGCCUGGACCUGUAGGAGGGCCUGGUCAACCGGGAACGCCCGGACCUGAAGGUGCGCCGGGAGAAAAAGGAGAACAAGGUCAGCCUGGUUCAAUUGGUUUUCCGGGAAGCGAAGGUCCUAGAGGUUUCCCUGGCCCUAUGGGACCACAAGGGCCACGCGGACCUACUGGUGAAAAAGGAGCCACGAUAAUUGGACCAAAAGGAGAAGAUGGAGAACCAGGACGAGAUGGCCAAAAAGGUCAAAAGGGUGAAAAAGGUUUUGGUGGACCUCGAGGUACACCUGGUGAUUCCCUAAGUGGAAUUCCAGGCCUUCCUGGUCCAUUAGGACCGCAAGGAGAAAAAGGUAACGCCGGACGUCCCGGAAUUCCCGGAACUCCAGGAAUACCAGGCGCAAAGGGUGAUAGAGGAGGUCAGUGCAUAGAUUGUAUGCCGGGAGCAAGAGGAGAGAAAGGAGACCGCGGAUUAGAUGGCAGAGAUGGACCAGUCGGACCAAGAGGACCACCAGGACCUCCAGGUUUCCCCGGAUUGGCCGGUCACGAUGGAGUACCCGGUAGAGAUGGACCACCUGGAAAGCCAGGAACACCUGGAAAAGAUGGAACACCAGGUUUGCAGGGUUUGCCGGGACGCAACGCACAAGUUCCCAUUAGUUUAGUAAAAGCCGAAAAAGGUGACAAAGGUUUACGGGGGCCUGAAGGUCGCCCUGGACCUCAGGGACUUCCUGGUCAUCCUGGCCCUAAAGGUGAUCAAGGAUUUGCUGGAUUAUCGGGAGAGAAAGGAGAAAAAGGUUAUAAUGGGUUCCCUGGUCUUGAAGGUAAAAACGGCGAACCAGGUAUUCCUGGUAUAAAAGGACAGCAAGGCGAAAGCGUUAAAGGUGAACAAGGCUACCCUGGAUUAAAAGGAGAUAAAGGAACACCUGGAAGAGGUGGAGAACGUGGUCCUACAGGAGAACCUGGCAGAUGCCCUGAAAGCAUUAUCGAACGAAUGAAAGGUAACAAAGGUAUCAUGGGACCGAAAGGAGAAAGAGGUUAUGAUGGAAGAGAUGGUGCUCGAGGAGAGAAAGGAGAUCAGGGUAAUGUAGGACCAAUGGGACCCGAAGGACCAACUGGGCCUCCAGGACCUGUAGGACGCAGAGGAUUACCUGGUCCCCGAGGAGACAAAGGAGAGCGAGGACCACUUGGUUUCCCUGGAGAACCUGGUAGAGACGGACCUGCUGGACUUCCUGGAUUAUCUGGAGGAAAAGGAACAAAAGGAGAAGCUGGUAUUCCUUCUGUUGGACCACCAGGUCCACCAGGUCCAUUCGGAAUAAAGGGAGAGAAAGGACUGCCUGGUUUCCCGGGUAAGACAGGAGCUCCUGGUAAUGACGGAUUGAUGGGUUUAAUGGGAGAGAAAGGAGAUGUCGGAUUCCCCGGGGAAGCAGGUCUUACGGGACCUCCAGGAGAGAAAGGUGAACCAGGUCCUUUGGGACCCCCAGGAUUAGACGGUUUACCAGGAAGACCAGGACCCGUAGGUCUCAAAGGUGAACCUGGAUUAAGAGGUGAACCCGGACGACAAGGCUUGGCAGGUUUCCCUGGUUUGAAGGGUGAACAUGGAAUUCCGGGAGCACCAGGACAGAAAGGUUUCAAAGGGUUACUUGGAAGACCGGGAUCACCGGGAGCACCAGGAAUGGACGGUUUACCAGGACGCACAGGCGAGAAAGGAGAUCGUGGUUUCUCAGGACCUCCUGGUCCUCAAGGACUCAUUGGAAUGCCCGGUGAAAUGGGUUUGCCCGGUCAAAAGGGUGAUACUGGACCGUUUGGUCCACCUGGACUACCAGGCCCUCCAGGUCCACCAGGUCUGAAAGGCGUAGAAGGUCGACCUGGACUAGGUGGAAGAAAGGGUGAACCAGGAACAGCUGCUGAAAAAGGUCAAAAAGGAGAGCACGGUAUACCCGGCUUAAGGGGAGCUGCAGGAUCACCUGGUUCUCAAGGUUUCCCAGGAAUAAAAGGAGAAGCUGGUUUGCCUGGACGAACAAUACCGGGUGCCCCAGGAGAAAAAGGAUUCCCAGGUCCUCCGGGAUUGGAUGGUUUACCAGGAGGUCCAGGCAUUAAGGGAGAUAGAGGUCAAGAUGGUUUUCCGGGACCUAAAGGUGACCGAGGAUUCCCAGGAGAAAGGGGACCACCAGGACUUGACGGAAUACCAGGAUUAUCCGGAGAGAAAGGAGAUAGAGGUUUCCCGGGAGUGUCCGGUUAUCCUGGCGAAAAAGGAGACAAAGGUUCGCCCGGUAUCGAUGGUUACCAAGGUCAGAAAGGAGAGCUCGGUCGUCCAGGACCGCAAGGACCUGUUGGAGCUCCAGGAGAUAAGGGAGAUUUCGGUGAAAGAGGUGCACCUGGUCCACUUGUACAAAUUAAGGGAGACAAAGGAGAACCUGGACCAUUUGGCUUGGAAGGUAGACAAGGAGAAAAAGGAGACAGAGGAUUUACAGGAGCGAUUGGAUUGCAAGGACAAAAAGGAGAUGUUGGCUUCCCAGGUCUCAAGGGAGAAAUAGGAAUAGCUGGCUUAACCGGUGCUAAAGGAGAAAGAGGUCUCACGGGACGUGAAGGAAUGCCAGGAGCGACAAUCAAAGGUGAAAAGGGUCUCCCUGGAAUACCCGGUAAAAACGGCAGAGAAGGACUUCAAGGACAAAUUGGCGAAAAGGGAGAACGCGGUCUUACUGGUUUACCAGGAAGAACCGGACCACCCGGACCUCCUGGACCUUUGGGCCUGCAAGGACCACAAGGACCGAGAGGAUUCGACGGAACUCCAGGUCCAGUAGGACCAAUCGGUCCACCAGGUCCGCCUGGACUGGAAGGAUUACCUGGACGUAGGGGCGAAAAAGGUGACAGAGGACCGCCCGGUUUUAUGGGAGCACCAGGAGAAAAGGGAGAUAGAGGAAUAACGGGUUUGCAAGGAACACCAGGUUACCCUGGCGAAAAGGGAGACCGAGGAUUCGACGGAAUUCCUGGAAGUAUCGGACCAAUGGGACCGCCUGGAAUCAAAGGAGAUUCAGGAUUCAACGGUCAACCUGGUAAUCCUGGUUUAGAAGGAAUGAAAGGUCAAAAAGGAGAACCAGCACCUCAAGGAUAUCCCGGACCUAAAGGAGAGAGGGGACCGUCAGGUAACCCCGGCAUUCCCGGAGAGAGAGGACCCGCCGGCCUCGACGGUUUACCAGGAGCCCCGGGCCUCAGGGGCGACAAAGGCGACAGAGGAUUCACCGGCAUCGCGGGAACGCCCGGCUUCCCCGGCGAAAAGGGAGACAUGGGCAUCGAAGGCCAGGCCGGUCUUCAGGGACUCACCGGCGACGUCGGACCCAAGGGAGAACCGGGCGCGCCCUGCGUCGACAUCCCCGACUACCUCACGGGAACCCUCCUCGUCCGGCACAGCCAGAGCCGCGAAAUCCCGCGCUGCGAGGGCGGCCACGUCAAACUGUGGGAGGGCUACUCGCUGCUCUACGUCGAAGGCAACGAAAAGGCGCACUCGCAAGACCUCGGCUACGCGGGUUCCUGCAUCAGGAAAUUCUCGACGAUGCCGUUCGUGUUCUGCGACGUGAACAACGUGUGCAACUACGCCAGCCGCAACGACAAGUCCUACUGGCUGUCGACCAGCGCGGCCAUUCCCAUGAUGCCGGUGGAGGAGUCCCAGAUCGAGGACUACAUCUCGCGGUGCGUCGUUUGCGAGGCGCCCGCCAACGUUAUCGCCGUGCACAGCCAAUCGCUCGCCCUGCCCGAUUGUCCUUACGGAUGGAGCAGUCUCUGGAUCGGUUACAGUUUCGUUAUGCACACUGGUGCUGGAGCCGAAGGUGGCGGUCAAUCGCUGGCCAGUCCGGGUUCCUGUUUGGAAGACUUCAGGGCGACGCCGUUCAUCGAGUGUAACGGAGCGCAGGGCUCCUGCCACUACUUCGCCAACACGCUCAGCUUCUGGCUGGCCACCAUCGAGACCAACCAGCAGUUCCAGAAGCCGCAGAAGCAAACGCUGAAGGCCGGUAACGUCAGAGACAGGGUGAGCAGGUGCCAGGUCUGCAUAAGGAAUACGUAAACGUCGCGCGUCCGGUUUAGGGAAAUAAUAUUAUAAAUUGUUUUUUUUUCUUAUUAUUAUUUUUGACUCUCUCACUUCGGUGUCUUGCUGGAAGCAUUUUAGCGGGAAAUUGAUCCGAUUUGAGGGUUGGUAUGAAAUGCUUUGAUCAGACACCGGCUAAUUGUGUUCCUGUCGGAUUGGAUACUUGAUUAUCUAGCGUGAUAAACUUUGUAUUCGAUUAUCAAGUAUCCGUCCGCGAAUUGUGUAUAGUAAGCUUUGUAACUUUUCCUUAAUACUGCCGUGCCAUGUUUUUGUAUAACAAAAUAGCAUGUAAAGAUUUUUGUAUAGAACAUAGUUUGUAAGUUAUGUAUAUGAAUUUACCAUGAAGCAAAUAACUCAGAAAAAGAAAACGAUUUAUGAUUAAUGACCAAGGAAAAAAACGGUAAUUGUAAUUCACAUCAUUUCGAGAAUUGUCUUUAAUUUAAAAAGAGUUCGCUAUACUGAUUGAAUUAAUCAAAAUGGUGCUAGAGAGAACUUUAUAAAUAUAUAUCUCUGAAAUAAAAAUUAUACAUUAUAUGCUCUAGUCAACGCAGGAAGAGAUGUAAUUGCAAUUGUGCCUUCUUAAUCGAAACACUGCCAUUUUGUAAAAAAAACAAGUAUACCUAUAUAAUAAAAAUAACGCACGUAUUUUCGAUUUUCUGCGAUAAAUUCCCGAAGUAAGUUUCUGAAGUGUUACGCCAAUGUAUUUUACCAAAAUAAUGUAAAUAAAUUUAUAUAAAUAAAGUUUAUUUUCAAUUUAA